AAAACAGACACAGAGAGAGAGGCAAUGGCAAUAUCUCAUCUUCUUUCUCCAUUACCAUCUCUCACUUUCUUCCAAACCGGAACCCUAACCCUAACCGGACGUUCUUCUCUCCCUCUAAACCCUAAUCCCCAGUUCCCAAAACCUAGACUUUCCAGGGAAAGAGCCGCCACACUCGUCCUCCAAUCCAAGGGCGACGAUUCCGUCGACGCAUCCGAUCGGAUAAUCUCAGCCGUAUGUUACUUCUACCCAUUCUUCGAUGGGAUUCAGUACGGUAAAUUCAUCAUCACGCAAUAUCCACCUUUCCAGAUUCUCAUCCAGCCUUUGUUUCCCGCCAUCAAGGCCUUCAAGAGCUUCCCUUUCAAUGGCUUUCUCAUCUUCCUCACUCUCUACUUCGUCGUCGUCAGGAACCAAAAUUUCAGCAGGUACGUUAGGUUCAACACGAUGCAGGCGAUUGUGCUCGACGUGCUCUUGAUUUUCCCGGAUUUGCUCGAGAGGAGCUUCAAUCCGAGCGAGGGGCUUGGUUUAGAUGUGGUGAUGAGUUUGGACAGCACAGUGUUCCUCUUCUUGCUUGUCUCUUUGAUCUAUGGAUUCUCUGCUUGCUUGUUUGGUCAGAUCCCGAGGUUGCCCAUUGUUGCUGAUGCUGCUGAUAGGCAAGUCCUUUGAUUUACUAUCAUCUGGUAGAGAGAAAUUGCAAGAACAACAAUAAUAUAUGUAUUUACACACAUGUGCUGUGAUUGGAGUUUCUCUGUAAUGGAUCUGGUUCUGAUAAUCGAAACAUAAUGUAACUUUUUGGUACAUUCAAAGGU